ACGAGAGCCUUUCUCAUAGUUAGUACUAGUUAAUUUGAAAAUUAUGACUGUAAAACCUGCACACCCUUUUUAUAAUAAUGCUACUGCUUAUUUUGCCGAAUAUGACGAGUAUUGUGCUUUGUUAAAUAAGCUGAAAGAAAGUGAAAACCGUAGUGAUUCUUACAAUGUAACUCAAAUUGAGCGACGGAUAUAUAAAAUCUUAGAUAAGUAUCAAACUCAAAGUUGUUUGCUAGACUCCUGCCUUGAGAUUAGCGUCCAAAUUCUUUUCUCUUUGGUUGCUUUCGUUGAAGCACCCGAAACAGUUAAUGUUACCCCACGAAAAUUACUAGCUUUCAGAAUCUUGUAUUACCUAACGAAGAUUUGCGGGUACAAAAUUGUUAUCAAGUUUUUACCUUCACAUAUUCAAUACUUUAAAACUGCGACUUCUCUCUUAAUGAAGCUUACCGAGAAAAAUUCUAGUUACACUUCCGCAUGGGAAUCUCGAUAUAUGUUGUUGUUAUGGCUUUCCGUUAUUUGUAUGAAUCCUUUUGAUAUACGAAAUUUGGACAGCGACUUGGCUAUUAACGAGAUUUAUGAUCAUACAAGAAUGUAUCUCCUGAUGCCUGAUAAAACUGGAGAGGGCGCCGCGGUCUUAUUAGGGCGACUUCUGUCACGUAAAGAUUUAUGCGAUGUAUACUUACCAAACUUACUGAAGUGGUUUUCUUCUUUGGCCAUAAAUUUUUCAGUUAAUAAUUCUUCCGUUGAGGUGGUUAUCGCAAUUAACGGUGUCCUUAAGUCUUUUUGUUACAUUUUGAAAUUUUCCCAGAGGGAUACACUUUUUCACUUUUUCAGUGAUAUAUAUCAGAAUGUGAGCAAGUGGAUUAAUCAGCUCUUAUGCAUGAAAAACUCGUCUUCUCGAAAGCUUGUGCUGAAAACCUUCGGGAGAAUCGCUUUAUGCCGGCUGCCCUAUUCUGCUCCUUUGUGGAGAUACUCGCGUGGCUCCCGAAAUUUAAAUCACGAAUUUAUCGAACCAAAAACCGAAGCCCUUUCAGAUAGUUUUCUCCCGAAUACCUUUACUGACGAAUCUUCCUCUACAGUAAAUAUUCCCGAGGAAUUGGAUGAUAUAGUUGACUAUCUUUUGGUUGGCUUGGAAGAUCUCUCUACAGUAGUUCGCUGGACUUCAGCAAAGUAUUUGGGUCGUAUAACAGAGAGGAUUCCGCUAAAUUACGCAGACGAAGUAGUUCGGGGAGUUUUGAAUAUUUUCUCUCUUUUUACAUCUCAUACUGGCUGGCAUGGCGGGUGUUUAGCUUUGGCUGAGCUUGCCAGAAGAGGACUCCUUCUUCCAGAACACUUAAGCUCUGUAAUGCCUCUUGUACUGCGCGCCUUGGUUUAUGAGCACGUGGUUGGUGACUGCCGCGUGGGCUCGCACGUUCGUGAUGCGGCCUGUUACGUUUGCUGGGCCUUUGCUAGGGCCUAUGAACCACGCCAUUUGAGGCCGUAUGCUUCCCAGCUUUCUACGUGGCUGCUGACUCUUGCAUGUUUUGAUCGAGAAGGCACAUGCAGGCGUGCAGCCUCAGCCGCCUUUCAAGAACACGUGGGGCGUCAGGGCCUUUUCCCGCAUGGUUUCGCCCUCGUGACGCUCGCCGACUAUUCUAACGUUGGCCCAAUAGGGCGUGCAUUUCUUAAAGUGGCUCCCGCCGUUGCCUCUUUUGAGUGCUACCGUCUGCCGUUAGUUUCUUACGCCGUUAACAAUCUCAUUGGUCAUUGGGAUCGUCAUAUAAGAUUAUUAAGCUCGCGUUUUCUGGGGAUUGUUGCAAACAUCGAUAGUGAGAUGUUUUUAAAAGGCCUUCUUGGGCAGUUAAGCAUGGAAAUAACUAGUUUGAAUCAUAACACCCAACACGGAACGCUUUUAGCUGUGGCCGAAAUAAUGGAAACUUUACACCAAAAAGGCAGUAAUUCUGGUAGGAACAUUACUGAUGAGUUAAUGGAGAUGAGUGCUAUUUUACUUGAACAGCUGGAGAAAUUGGUCGCUUCGCGCUCUUUAUAUCAUGGGCCCGGAGCGGGUUUAAUUCGUUGCGGAGUUUUACGAUUGAUCAGAUCUCUUUCCUUCUUUCCUCUCCCCCAAAAGCAGUCAACUUUUUUUAUUAAAGUUGUACUCGAAAACAUUUCUGACGAGCAAAGUUUGUAUGAAAGCGCUUUGAAUGCGCUGGAAACUUUAGGUACAAAUGUUUUGAGCAUCGAACAUUGUCAUGAGCUUCUUAAAACUGUACUUUUACGCCUUGAAGAUAAGACCUCUGGGCUAAAAGGUCUCGCGCUGGCACUCUCCCGGUUGCCCUGCGCUAAUGAAGUUCUUCUUUUAAAAAUUAUAGAAAAGUUGUCUUCUCUGCUUCAUAAUAGUAAAGACUCCGAAGUAAGAAGACAUGUCUUCAUGGCGAUAAAUUUCCUGCUUAAACGGAUGUCCGUCUUUUCUCAAAACGAAAAGUUACAACUCAAAGCGCCAGAAAACUUCGUCCUUCUCUUCUCAGAAAUACUUUUGUUUGGUAUGCUCGACUUUAGGGCAGAUCAACGCGGUGAUGUCGGUUCGUGGGUCCGAGAGUGUGCCUCUCUGGGAGUUGAAAUUUUUUUCUCGCUUUUUAACAAUCAGAACUGUUUCGAUCCGAAUCUUAUUACGACCUCAAAUACGCUGUUACUUCAUUUGUUGGGCGUCGUAGGCGACCGUAUUGACCGCACGCGUUCUGUGGCUCUCAAGGCUCUGCUAAACAUUCUGCACACCUCCAAACUAGCAAAGCACAUUCACGGCUAUCCUUUUCUAAUGCGGCUAGUUGAAGAAGUGGAAUUGAGAGAAGGCGCAGAGGUCCAAAAAUGCUUUGAUUUUUUGUCAAAACUUUUAGACGUUGACUUUUUUCGCCAUCACAUUAUGAAAACUUUUAUUAUAUGCAUUGGAGGACUUACUGAGUCUACGUCCAGAACAUCAACAACUACAUUAGUACAGUAUUUGGCAACCUGUGCAAGUAGAGAAUUUUGUUUAUUUUGUGAAACUCUACUUCACUUUUCUGGUGUUAGUAAAGAAGCCGCCCGGUUAAGAAACAAUGCUCUUAAAUUUAUCUAUGUCUUGCUUUCUAAUGACUCUUUUUCGAUGCUAAACGAAGGCAAUCCACUCAGGACUACUUUGCCUGCUGCUAUGCUAGCCUUAGUAAAGCGGAUUACCCGCAAAUACGCCUUCGACUAUCAAAGGAUACGCCUCUGUAUUAAAGUGAUAUGUUUUGUUAACAUCCAGUUCCCGCCAUUUGCUAGUGAUGGGCUUUGUCAGCUCCUCUGUUUUCUUUCUUCAAAAGACGGUUCGAUUCGGCACUUUGCCGCGAAAGAACUUCUGGAAAAUCUGCUCUUCUCGGACUCGAUUCAAAAUAAGGACGAAAUACAGGAUCUCCUUUCCACUACUGAUUGGAAUUCCGACUAUUUUGAACGCUCAAGAAAUUCCUUAAUCGAAAUAUUAUCAGAGCAAGGCCUGCUACCGCGGCAUUACCGCGUCGAGGCAUCAAGCACGAGUUAA